GAAAGAGUGUCGAUAUACGGCUAGAGCUUUGGAAGUGGAUUAAAUGGUCCAUGCACACAGCUUCGCCAUUAAAAAGGACGCGUUGGGGGCGGUUGGGUGGCCAUGCGGGCCCGUCCACGCGUGCGGAUUAAAUGGGAACCAGUCGCAUGGCCGACAUGCGGGCCCGAGGGCCAACGGCAGAGCCAAAGUAGAAGCGUUGGGUUCAGCUGAACCCAACGGAUUUUGAUCCGUACGACGUGUAGGUGUCUGCUUACUUGAGGUGAACCCAUUAAAAAAAUCAUGGCUGGCCUCAUCAAGAAGCGUAAGGACUAUUUCUCGCUUUAAGCGAGUGCUGCUUCUUGUCUCGCUGAAGCAAAUUCCCUCACACUAUAGCUUUUGGGCCGGCCUGUUAGUGCUUUUUUAAAAGAAAGUGAGAAGAAAAAGGUGGAAACCAGUAUUCAAACCUGGAAUUCAGGUUGCAGCGCGACUCCGCUAGCCAUAAAGCCAACAUCAGGUUCUUGUUGACUCGUAGCCGCCCGCGAAAGUGACUUAGGCGAUCUGUUUUUUCAAGGAGUCGGGCGUUCAUAGAUUGUCGCGGGUGGGGAUGAGUUUGGGCACCUAAUCGCUGCUCUCCUUAGCUUUUUUGUAAUCUUAAUUAACAUGAUAUAUUGCUUUGUAACUUUCUUUUCUUAGGGGAACUUUGUAACUUGAUAGAGAAGAAACAAAACAAGUUUGGCUUAACUUAAACUAUCAACUUAACGAUCUCUGAAGUAAGAGUACUUGCUACACUUUUUUUUUUGAGACAAUUCCGGUUUACCUGGACGGCCACACACACGCGUACAUCCCGACCCAACGAGGCAAUUCCGCAUGCGAGGCUCACUACCACACGAGCAGUUUUCCCGAGUCCCGCGGGCCCCCGUCCACGGCCAAUCGUCCUAUUUAACUGGACGAUCGAGGCGUUAAAUAGCGUCUCCGCCUUUGGCUCCCGACCGUUUAUAUCUGCACCGUCAUCCCUCCCAUUUCGGUUUUCUCCCGAAGCAAAACGGAAAGGAAAAAAGGAAGAGUUACCGAGAGAUAGAGGGGCCAGGGGAGGGGGGUAAAAUCAAGAAUAAAUUAUAACCGCACGGCAAGAACAAGGGAGGGUAAAUAAACCGCCCAUCGCCUCACCGUUAGGCCCGGGAGGGGAUGAUGUCCGAAAGCGAGGAGCACGGGUCGCUCCUGGAAAAGAUCGGCGACAAGAUCGGCGACAAGAUCCAUGAGUUCAAGAAGGAUUCAUCGUCCUCGGACUCGGACGACGACAAGAAGUCGCAUAAAUCCAAGAAGAAGCACCUGUUUGGCAGGAAGCAUCCGCUCCACAACGUCCUUGGCGGAGGCAAAGCUGCUGAUCUUGUGAUGUGGAGGGACAAGCAGAAGUCCGGGAGCAUCCUGGGCGGGGUGACCGUCAUCUGGUUGUUGUUCGAGGGCAUCGGCUACCACCUCCUCACCUUCCUCUGCCACUUGCUCAUCAUCUUCCUCACCGUCAGCUUCGUCUGGUCCAACGCUGCGUCCUUCAUCAACAGGUCUCCUCCAAAGUUCCCUGAGGUCAUUUUAUCUGAAACCCAAUGCCUGAUAAUAGCUCAUGUUCUGAGGAAAGAAAUCAAUGAGGCUUUCAUCACCUUGCAAAGUGUUGCUUCCGGAAAAGACCUUAAAACAUACCUCAAGUCAAUUGGAGUCCUCUGGUUCAUUUCUAUAAUUGGGGGCUGCUUCAGCUUCCUGACUCUGUCUUACACUAUUUUCCUGAUGGCAUACACGCUCCCCAUGCUCUAUGAGAAAUAUGAAGAUGAAGUCGAUGUUGUGGGUGAGAAGGCCCUGAUCGAGCUCAAGAAGCAAUAUGCAGUAUUCGAUGAGAAGGUUCUGUCAAAGAUACCAAUGUUAGCCGACAAGAAACAGCACUGAAACUGAUGCUUUGAAGCGUUCGACACCUCCAUCAUUUCAUCUGCAGCUCAGCACAUCAGCCAAAUAGUCUCAUUUGGUUACCUCUGCUGCCAUCACCUAGCAACCUUUUAGAUGGCAUUAUAUUGAUAUUAUGCCGACUCUUAAGCAUCGGAAAUAUGUCUUUUCCAAGCCAUAGAACAGAACGUUGUCGAUGGUCACACGAAGUAGUUGCCUCUGCUUGUCAGUUUCAGUUUCAUAUUUGUUUGGUCACAAGAUACAUAUGUCAUACUAAUUUCUACAACUAUUUUCUAUGUAUGUAUGAUUUUAUACUUUA